AUUCGAUGCUAACACUUUAGAUUAUUAGACUAUGCUACUUUAAAUAUGUACAUUCCUUUUUGCGGCGUUCAAUGUGUUUGCGUUACAUUUUCAACUCUACGGAUAGUUUGUUUUAUGUUGCACUAAAUAAGAAAUGUUUAUGUGCUCUCUAGGCAACAGCUGGUAGAUACAGUGCGUGUAGGCUGAUCUACAAGAAUAAAUAAUUAUAGAUAAGAGCGAUUUUUAUUUGUCAAAGCUGUCAAUAAUCGAUUAUCAUGUCACAAGAAUCAGACCCUCGAUGUUUAGGCUAUUGGAAAGGAUCAUCAAGAUCACCGUGCACUUUCAACACCCUGUGAAGUUCAUUAUAAAUUAUUUCAUGAAUAAACUGCAUGGUUUCCCAAGUCGUAGAGGGAGGACCACACAAUAUAUCAUAGCGUGACUUCAAUUUUACUUCGAUAUUAUGGUUAUUAUAUCAAUAUUUGCUCAUAAAGGCGUUUCCCCCGCAGUUGGUUGCAUAAUUAGUUUAACCGAUAGCAAAAGAUCUCCGCAUUUCGAACGAACAAACAUAGUCGCAGCCGUCAUGUUUUUUAGAUUUUUUUUUUUUUACAUAUGGGAUGACUUCACUCGCAUAAAAACUGGAUGGAUAAGUGGUUAUUGAGCCGAUAUUGGACAAAUAACUUUCUCUCCUGUCACACUUGACAUCGAUCUGUGUCUGACUGUGUCCAUGAUGCGCUGCCUCGUUCAGAAGAAAACAUACCUCGUCAUUUUAUCUCCACUGCUACUGUUCGCCCUCCUCCGCUACUGGACUCGAAGGGCCACCACCACUGUUGACGUGGGACCAGGCCAGAGCUACAAGGCACAGAAGGUUCUGAAGGAGAGGCUGCAAAAUGUCCAGAAUAGUUAUGACAAUAUCCCAUAUGUCCUGAAGGAAAGUGUGGCAGGGCGUCUGGCACUGAACGUGUGUGUGUGUGAGGCAGAUAAGAAGCCUGCCAUCGACCUGCCUUUUGCCCAAGUGCUGUUCCCCCGUGUCUGGGCCCAGGAUGACUUCCACACAGCCUUCCAGGAGGCAGAGCUGGCUGAGGUGAAAAGUCGCAGGCAGCAGGAGUACAACAGCUUCCAGCAGAGGUACCAGACUCCCGCAGACCUCCUUGUUAUAGCAGAAGCCAACAGUCCCCUACAGUACCCUACCCAGGGGGUGGAGGUUCGCCCUCUCAAGACUAUCGUUAUCCCUGGGUUGGGUCUGAAAGAAAAGCAUAGACAACUUCAUACAGUGAAUCUGACUGCUACCCUGGGGACAUUUGAUGUGUUAGCCACCGUAGACGGGGUCUCCAUUAGAGGACAGGGAGUGAUGCACAUGACUUUGUCCAGUAGACUCCUCUCCACUCUGAACAGACAGCUACAGUUUGUCACCUACACCAACACCUUGUUCCACCCUAGGACGGCUGACACAGUGCAGUUUGAGACUGAUGGACACCAGUCCGUUUUUACCAUAAAGGUUGGACAUGCUGUUAUUCCCAAGCUCUAUCACUCAGGUUACACUGGAGAAUACAACAUAAGCUCACUUGUCACCAUAGCUACCAAGACAUUUCUGCGUUAUGACAAACUGCAGGAUCUGAUUGACAGCAUACGGGAGUUCUAUCCCACUGUCGCCAUAGUGAUAGCAGAUGACAACGAGCACCCCCAGCCCGUGAUGGGUCCACACAUUGAACAUUACAUUAUGCCAUUUGGGAAGGGUUGGUUUGCAGGGAGGAAUCUGGCUGUCUCUCAGGUGACCACCAAGUAUGUGCUGUGGGUGGACGACGACUUCCUCUUCACCUCCAACACCAGGCUGGAGAAUAUGGUGGAGAUCCUGGAGAAGACCACCCUGGACAUGGUGGGUGGUGCUGUGAGAGAAGCUACAGGCUACACUGCUACUUACCGCCACACCAUCUCAGUGGAGGAAGGGGGUGAGGAGGGGGACUGUAUACACAUCAGAAAUGGAUACCAUCAUGUCAUUGAGGGCUUUCCUAACUGUGUCCUAGCCGACGCUGUUAUCAACUUCUUCAUGGGGAGGACAGACAAGAUGCAGCAAGUGGGAUUCGAUCCUCGUCUGAACCGUGUGGCUCAUCUAGAGUUCUUCAUCGACGGGCUUGGGAUCCUCCACAUAGCUUCCUGUGAUGACAUCAUCAUAAACCAUGCAUCUAAGAUCAAGUUGCCAUGGGGCAAGUCGCACAGUGAGAAGGCCUACGCCAAGUUCCGCUACUCCUCAUCGGAUGCUGUCCAAAUCAAAAAUGCCCUUUUUUACUUCAAGAACAGACUCAAAUGCAUGUCUAGUAACUGAAACAGGUUCUACAAGCUAUCACUGAGCAGCCAUUUUUUUGUCAUCACCAGAGGUGUCAUGCCCAUAGGGGGCAUAGGGACAUGUUCCCCCCUCAGAUUAUAUUUUGUGUAUGUAAUUGUUGUUUCUCUGUAAUACUACUGGCCACCAAUGAUUUUUAUGAGGUUGGCUUUAGCUAAUUCAGAUUGGGAACCUCUCCCCCAACCUCUCCCCCAACCUCAUAACUAGCUAACAACAAGAAGCCAUUUCAAUCAAGCUAGAGUAGCUGGCAUGCCUGCUGACAAGGUUCGUAUACUUUAGAAAAGAACGCAAUAACUAAAUGCACUGAAUAAGACUCAUAUUCCUUUCAAUCUUUUACCCGGGUUUUAGCAGAGAUUCAGAGAAUAAUAUGUAUCACCAGGAUACAGAGGCUCAAGAGGGUAACCAGUAAAAUAUACAUAUUUUUUAGAUAUAUGAAGCGUAAUGAUUAUAGAUGGCAGGAAAAAGCUGUUUUGGGUUUUAAGAACAAAUGUAAAAUCUCCAACUCCCGGACGAGGGACAUAAACCCUCCCCCAGCCAUCCUCAUGUACUUUGUGCCCCCUCUGAUUUUUGGUCACAGCAUUUGUUGUGGACACAGUGAAUGUGUGGAAACAAACAUUGAAAGUGAAGAACCAAGCCAAUGAGCAUCUCCUUUGUCAGGCUUUGGUCAAGGUGUGUUUCCACCAUAGAGAAUGAUAGAGACGUGAUCUUUCUAUGUGUCCUAUUAUGACAUCUGUGAGCACACGGGCAGCACCAUUGAGGCAAAAACAUUUAUUUAUAUAUUUUUUGGUCCUUAUGAAACUGGUAUGCUUUUUUACUUAUUUUCUUUAACCAAAUUUGGUCUUUAAUGUAGGGACGACCGACAAGUUCCUUACUUUUUCCCCCUUCCACUUGCCUCUUCCAUUUUUUUGCAGUAAUGCUGCAAUUAGUUGGUUGUAAUUUUGGGUUGAGCAGACAUAUUUUUGUUAGCUGCAUGUGUGACAACUCCACCAGUCCUAUUUAUGAUAUAAUUGACAAAGAUUAUACCUUUUUAUUUUAUCAAUAUAUUUUUUUUAUUUUUUUUGAGCAAUUAGUAUAUUUGAGUUUAACCAAUAUUGGUUGUAUUAUUUGUUCUGUCUUUUCUGGUGGACUAAACUGAAAUUGCAACCAACUUUCUAUGGCUUGUUUUAAAAAGAACAAUAUUUUGAAGAUUAUAUGAUAUUCAAAUAACCGAAAGUGAGAGGUGGUAAUCUGAAUAAAGGGAAAAGGUCCAUUCUUGAACAUGGGGUGAGACAUUCUUACUAAUUUGCUAGCGAACCAGUUCGGAUUUAAGUAUAACUUUUGUAUGACUGACGCAUUUAGUGAGAGGUCUAAUGCUUUAAAAUGAACCAUUUCUGCCCUCCGAAUUCAUUUUCAUUAUAUAAAUAGGCUAUUUUCAUUGUGUCUGGCUUGCCAUUCCAAAUAAAAUGUCAUAUUUUUUGCUUAUAUCAUCUAAAAAAAACAGGUCGCUAGGUGUAGACAAGACCAUAAGCAAAUAGGCAAACUGGGAUAUGUUUUUAAGUUUUACAUUUUCUUAUUUUACUACUUCUGUUGGCAAACAGAACAGAACUAACAGUGGUGUAAAGUACUUAAGUAAAAAUACUUUAAAGUACUACUUAAGUAGUUUUUUGGUGUAUCUGUACUUUACUAAUUAUAUUUUUGACUACAUUCGUUAAGAAAAUAUUUUACUUUUUACUCCAUACAUUUUCCCUCCUGGUGACCUGGGUGUAAUUAUGAGAGCAUUCCUUAACCCUUUAGAAGUCCCACCUAGUUGACUGCUUUUAAAAUGGCGGAAGCACUCAAGGGCAAAGUCCAUGCCAAAACAGGUUUUAUCAAUCUAGAGUCCUCUAACUAACUAUGGUAUUAACAGACUGUGCCAAAGUGUGAGUCAUGCCAUAGUACUGAAGUGUAAGGUCUUCUCCCUCCUGAUUACUUUAAUUACCUGACUUAAACCCUCUUGCUCUUUGAGGAGCAUAUGAUAUCCUCCCACUCUACUACUCUGGACAAAGUUAUCACUGUUCAAUGUUUACGUGGCAAACCUGUCUAUCAUGGGGUUUGCCAAAUUAAUGGGGCGGCAGGUAGCCUAGUGGUUAGAGUCUAGUGUUUAGAGCGUCGGACCAGUAACUGAAAAGGUUGCUAGAUUGGCGGCAAAGUAAAAAGAAAACUGUCGUUCUGCCCCCGAACAAGGCAGUUAACCCACUGUUCCUAGGCCAUCAUUGUAAAUAAGAAUUUGUUCUUAACUGACUUCCCUAGUUUAAUAAAACAUCAUGGUCUGUUAAUGGCUCCCUAUAUAGUGCACUGCUUUUGUAUAGGAAAUACUGUGCUAUUUGGGACACAUCCAUGGUCUGAGAUCACAAUAUGAACUUUACUUUAUGGAGACUGACAUUCUGAAUAUUGUCCUGAAUUCACGCCAUCCAAACAUCUUUUCAUCUAGCUGCAGCUCUUCCAACCAAUCAAAGACUUACUUCCUUUGAAAUGAAAUGUAGGUUUACCUAUAAUAUGCUUUUCUAUUUUUGCACUCUUCAUGAAAAGCAUUUUGAUUGAUGAAUUUCAUUAACUUGCUGUCUUUUUUUUAUACAAAGAACUGUAAUGAUAUGUUUUGUAUUGCAUAAUCAUGGACACCUACCAGAGCAUGAUGUCCUGACAAUGUAAUAAUGAUAAAGCCAGGCAGGUCACCCAUGAUACAAGUAUUCAACGUGAUAUAGAUUAAUGUAUUCUCUUCAUGAUGAAUUCAAGCAGUCAUACUUUUUGUAUUAUUUUGCAUGAAUGUUAGUGAGACUGUGUGAUAUCUCGUUACAUGCUGCCAUUAUACUAUUUACUAUUUACUAUAUAUAUAUAUUUGCCGUUAUACUAUUUACUAUAUAUACUAUUUGACCACAAGGUGGAACCAGAGACCUGAAUAAUGAUUGUCUAUAGAAAUCUAGUACUGUUUUGUCCCUAAUGUCAAGUUCAGUUUUCUACAGUUAAAUUAUGAUUAUGAAAAUGUAUUCUUUUUAUUAUUAAAAUGUAAUGGUUAAGUUUA